AUGACGAAUUCACCGAUUGAUUUGCCUUAUCUACCUGAUGAAUUACUUUUGCACUGCUUAGCUUGUGUCUCAAGGUGUUACUACCCGACUCUCUCCUUAGUUUCCAAGAGAUUCUGUUCUCUCGUUGCAUCACUUGAGCUUUACAAAGCCCGGACGCUUUUAGGACGCACUGAGAAGUGUCUAUAUGUGUGCUUACGUUUAAGUUCUGAAACUAGGCCACGUUGGUUCACUUUAUGCCGAAACCCAACUCUAACCCCUAACCGUAGCCCUAAUCCUAACCCUAAACCUAACCCUGACCUUAACUUACGAUGGUUCCCUUCCUACAAUGGACCACAAAGAAUCCUAGCGAAUCACACUAUUAAUGAAGAGAAGAAGUUAAGUGACAAUCAUGAGUUGGUCUCAGUUCCAACUUGCAUAUAUUAUCCUCCUUUUGGGUGGCCUCGUGCAGCAAGUGGCUCUAAUAUUUACAUCAUUGGCGGAUACUUCGACGCUUCCUACUCUACUAAGCUCGUCUUCUUCAUGGACUGCAGGUCUCACACCUCGCACAAAGCUCCAAGCACGCAGAUGGCCCGAAACCGCCCCCUCGUAAAUGUUAUUGAUGGGAAAAUAUAUGUAGUGAAAGGCUGCAAAAAUCCCGAUUCCUCGAAUAUGAUCGAGUUUUUCGAUCCAAAAACCCAAAUAUGGGAGUAUUUGCCAUGCCCUAUCGCGGACAUACACAAGAGCCACGAACUACGUAGCCUAGCAAUCAACGGAAAACUUUACCUGUUUGGGAAUAAACGUGUGGUUUACGACCCCAAAGAAAACAGAUGGGACGUAGGAUCAUUGGAUGAUCGUUUGCAUUUGGCUUCCUAUUAUUCUUCUUGCGUAAUAGAUAAUGUAAUAUAUUAUUAUCACGCGUACAUCAGAAGGAUCUGGUGGUACGACCCCGAGAGAAGAUUGGGGGGACUUUUGUUGGGUUUGGCAAAACUUCCUAAACUACCGACGCAAGUUAGAAUGGUGGAUUAUGGUGGAAAGAUUAUGAUUUUGUGGGAGAAGGAAGUAGUACCUGCUACGAAGGUGAUUUAUUGUGCUGAGAUUGCGCUUGAAAGACGCAACACAGAAGAUAUGUAUGGGAAGAUUGAGUGGCGUGACAUUGUGCUUAAACUUUCCAAACCAUAUGAUAUUUUGGAAGUUAUUACCGCUACUGUUUGA